AUGAGCGGACAACAGUAUUACCCCUACAAGUGCACCCCAACGGUGUACCCCGCGGAGCCCUUUGACCCCGCAUCUGACGCGGAGACCCUUCGCAAGGCUAUGAAAGGUUUCGGCACAGAUGAGAAGGCCAUCAUUGACGUUCUCUGUCGUCGUGGUAUCGUCCAGCGUUUGGAGAUCGCCGAAACCUUCAAAACUAACUAUGGAAAGGACCUUAUCAGCGAACUCAAGAGCGAGCUCGGUGGCAACUUGGAGAAUGUGAUCAUUGCUCUGAUGACACCACUGCCCCACUUUUACGCCAAGGAGUUACACGACGCCGUCGCGGGAAUUGGUACCGACGAGGAAGCCAUCAUCGAAAUCCUCUGCACACUCUCGAACUACGGGAUUCGUACUAUUUCUGCAUUUUAUGAACAAUUAUACGGCAAGAGCUUAGAGUCUGACCUCAAAGGCGACACUUCUGGCCACUUCAAACGCCUCUGCGUGUCUCUGUGCAUGGCCAACCGUGACGAGAACCAAGGCGUUGACGAAGGUUCAGCUAAAGCUGACGCGGAAAACCUGGCGGCUGCCGGUGAAGGCCAGUGGGGAACCGAUGAGUCAGUCUUCAACUCAAUCCUUAUUACACGCUCUUAUCAGCAAUUGAGACAGAUCUUCGCUGAGUAUGAAGCUCUCGCUGGCAAAGACAUCGAGGAGACUAUCAAAAAGGAAUUCUCAGGAAGUGUAGAAAAGGGAAUGCUUGCUAUUGUUAAGUGCGUGAAGAGCAAAGUAGGCUUCUUUGCUGAACGUUUAUACUACUCCAUGAAGGGGAUGGGAACAAACGACAAGACCCUUAUUAGAAUUGUGGUCAGCCGGUCUGAAAUCGACCUUGGAGACAUCAAACAGGCAUUCCUUGAGAAAUACGAAAAGCCCUUGGAAGACUGGAUUGCGGAUGAUACUAAAGGGGACUACAAACGCGUGUUACUCACCCUUGUCUCAUAA